ACCCACGUGUGUGCUGCCAAAACAAGAAGUGAUGCACUUUUUCUGCAGUGCUGGUCGGGGAACGGAGAAGUUUGUUGCUGAGGAAAUCAGGCGAAAGCUUAGUGGGAGAGAGAUUCAGGUGACUGAUGGAAAGGUAUUUUUCCAAGCAGAUGCAGCAGAUUCAGGAGCAGUUGGCCAGCUCAGGUCAAUAGAAAGGGCGUUUGUCCAGGUGGUCCGACACAGCUGUCUAGAUGGUGUGAAAACUGUCAAAGAUGUUGGAAAUAUCAUUCUGUCUAAGGAUCUCUGGACCAGUUCCGACCUUAUAGAUUUGGUAGCUAAGAUACACAGUCCAGAGGGAAAUGCUUCAUCUCCAGAAAGUAAAAAAAGACGCAUAGAAGAAGAGAAACCUCCGGUAACAUUUAGGAUAUCUUGUAAAUGUGCUGGGAGAAUUGGACGGAGGAUUCAAUCUCAGGUGCUGUCAAGAUACAUUGGUUGCGGUCUUCAGCGAUUGGUCAAUUGGAAGGUUAAUUUACGCAACCCAUCUAUAGAGAUAUGUGUCCAUAUGAACGAUGACCGACUGACUGUGGGUAUCCCUCUUCAGAGCAUUCCGGUUUCUAAGCGUAGCUACAUUCGUCACUUUGGUCUGCGAGGGACGAUCGCCUGGAUCAUGUCAGAUUUACUAGAUAUACAGCCUUGUGAUGUGGUACUGGACCCCAUGUGUGGGAAAGCCACUCUCCUUGUCGAAGCUUGUCACAACUUCAUGGCAGCAUCCUAUCUAGGUAUGGACAUCAAUAAGGACCAGCUAUCAAAGGCUGCAGAAAAUCUUCUUUGGUCACGUCUCUAUGGCAACAUAGGACUUGUUCAAGGUGAUGCUAGGUGUAUGCCACUGGCUUCUGGAAGCAUUGACAAGGUCUUGUGUGAUGCUCCGUUCGGUCAGAACUUUCACCCGGAUUGUGAGAAUAUUUUGGAAUUCUAUAAGAAGAGUCUCAUGGAAAUAUCCAGGGUUCUGAAACCUGGGGGACGUUUGGUGUUGUUGACAAGUCAACAACUAAGUUUAAAAGUCUGUGGUCUGUGUGGACAGUCUGAUGACAAAGACAGUGAGCCAGAGUCCAAACAGAAGGCUGGUGGCAUGGCCACCACAUCUAAUGAGCCUGAUCAGGUCAAGGUCACUCAAUCGCAUGGACAGGUCGAGGUCACAGCAUUGCAUGAUCAGGUCAAGGUCACUCCAUCAUCUGGUCAGGUCAAGGUCACUCCAUUGCAUGGACAGGUCAAGGUCACUCCAUUGCAUGAUCAGGUCAAGGUCACUCCAUUGACCCUCAAAAAUAGUGGCAUGACCGAAAGUGACAAAGGAAACUCCACCAUACAAGGAACAUCAGAAUGUGAGAGUGAGUCAACAGUAAUACUUGAUCAGAAAUUAGCAUAUCAUCCUCCUAGUGAUUUAAAAUCUGACAAAAGUAUGAUUUGUGAACCUCAGAAGACUUUUGUACAGACUGACAAAAAAAACCAUAGUGAUAAUGUUCCAGAGGGAGAAUCAGUUCUGCAGGAGGAGCAACGUCAAGGUCGUAUUAGUUCAUCCUCUCAAGGUCAUAUUAAUGACUUUGGUUGUAUUACAAACGAUGAUAAAAAUCAAACAAGUCCACACAGAAAAGACAACUCACUGACUUAUCUGAACAAAUUACAGGUCAUGGCAAGUCACUAUGUCAAGCUAGGAGAGACUGAUGCCACUAUAUGUGUGAUUCACAAAGUCGAUGAGAGGUGAAUGAAGUAAUAAAUUAAUUUACAAUUUG